CCUCGACUCCUUUCCUUUGGCCACUACUCAUCCCCCACCCACACAAUGACCAUCUCGUCCGCAGGCCACAAGAUCCUCGUCUUCUACGGCUCGUACCGCGCCGACAGGCAAGGCAUCCGCCUAGCGCACUACAUCACGAGCUCGUUCGCGGCGCGCGGCGCGGCCGCCGAGCUCGUCGACGCAAAGGAACUCGACCUGCCCAUCCUCGACAAGAUGUACAAGGAGUAUCCCGCUGGCAGCGCGCCGCCCAAGCUCGAGGCACUCGCGAACAAGAUCAAGGCGGCCGACGCGUUCGUCUUCGUGACGGGCGAGUACAACUGGGGCCCUCAGCCCGGGCUCAAGAACCUCACCGACCACUUUUUGGAGGAGUGGUUCUGGCGCCCGGCCGCAGUGGUCUCGUACUCUGCCGGCCGGUUCAGCGGCGUGCGCGCCGGCACGAUCUGGCACCAUAUGCUCAGUGAGAUGGGCAUGGUCGUGGUCUCGAGCACCAUCGCCGUCGGCAACAUCUCGCAGACGCUCGACGCAGAGUACAACGUCACCGGGGCUGGCGGCGCGUCCCUCGAGCGCGCGUUCCCGCGCUUCGCGGACGACCUCGCGUGGUGGACCGAGGCGAGCUGCAACCAGCGCAAGAAGGAGGCGCCGCCGUACUAGGCGCGGAGCGAGCCGUGGCGAGUCUCGUGGCCGAGGCGACUGGCGCCAACCACAAGUAAUACUAUCGAGUGAAGAGAACACAGUAGCAGUACAGAGAUUCACA